CUUCGCCCGCUGCGGACAGGAACUGACUGACUGCACUAUAGCAAUCAGUUGAUUCGAUUCAAUUCCCCUGUUACCCCUCGUCAUAUCUUUUCAGCCUCAUGUCGGCCCCAAUCCGGACUCUUGUGAGCUCGCUGUGUGUCUCUUCUGCUCGUACUGUGACCGCGUCUCCUGCUCGGGUGCUUUUCCAGCAACACCGCCCCUAUUCCGCCCCUGCCAACGCCCCUCCUUCCUCCUCCCCCACCUCCUCUUCUUCUUCUUCUUCCUCCCAUCCUUCCCCUCAAACCACCCAAUACAGCCGUUCUCAAUUCAAAGUCCUUCCAUUUUUGAUCAUUAUUGGUAUCGGAUCCGGUUCUUUCAUCCUACUCUCCAAGUCCCGUACCGGAACUCAGAAACCCAAGCCGACUGCUUAAGUGAGUGAUUGUACUACUUACUGCACAAUACCUACCUUAACUCCCCUCCUUCUCACCUCAAUGCCUUGCCAGAUAUGCUAACCAAUUACCGUCUAC